CGUGCGUGCGUCGUGCAUGUGUGUCGUGUAUGUGUAGGUGUACAUGUGUGUCUGUGUGAUAGGCGACAUGUCUCCUUUAGUGAAUGUCAGUGUUCUUCUUCCGGUUGCACAACCUCCGGCGGGAGGAGGAGAAUAAGAGGAAGAGGACCAAGAACGGGACGGGAUGCGGCAUGUUGCGGUCAAACCUCACCCUAGCGCCCAGCAGACUGUUCGAGAGGACGCCACUCACCCCCUCGGACAGCUUGGACGAGAUCGCCCUCAAAAUACCCAGAGUCCGAGUGGAGUACUACGUAAACGAAAACACCUUCAAAGAGCGGCUGCAACUGUACUUCAUCAAAAACCAGCGAUCAAGCCUUCGUAUUCGCAUUGCCAACCUCCUCUUCAAGCUCCUGACAUGUGUCCUCUACAUUUUCAGGGUUGUCAUGGACGACGAUCCGAUUUAUGCUGCCUGCUACGGGUGCACGCCCUCCAACAAGUCAGAGUUCCUGGUCUCCUACAACCUGACAGAGGAGGCUUUCCAGGAGAAUCCCAUCAUCAACUGGGACGCCAUCCUGUGGGUGAAACGGCCCGUGGUCCUCUGGGUCAUCCAGGUGAUCCUGGCAGGAAUCAGCCUCACGGAGGCACUGCUUCUGGCCUACCUGGGUUACAAGGGGAACAUAUGGCAGCAACUACUGUCGUUCCAUUUCAUUCUAGAGCUAGUAAACACCAUUCCGUUUGCGUUUACAAUUGUUUAUCCUCCAUUCCGAAAUCUCUUCAUUCCUGUCUUUCUCAACUGUUGGUUAGCAAAAAAGUCACUAGAAAAUAUGUUCAACGACUUACACAGAGCGAUGCAGAAGUCGCAGUCAGCCUUGUCUCAACAGCUGAUGAUUCUAUCUGCAACUCUUCUUUGUUUAGUUUUUACAAGCGUGUGCGGUAUCCAACACUUCCAAAGAGCUGGUCACAGACACCUGAACCUGUUCCAAUCAACGUACUAUGUAGUAGUCACCUUCUCCACUGUUGGCUAUGGAGACUUUGUGCCAGAUAUCUGGCCGUCACAACUCUACAUGGUCAUCAUGAUAUGUGUGGCGCUCAUCGUCCUUCCAACACAGUUUGAGCAGCUGGCGUUCACGUGGAUGGAGCGACAGAAGCUUGGAGGCUCGUACUCAUCCCACAGAGCUCAGUCUGAGAAGCAUGUCGUCGUCUGCAGCACGACUCUCCACGCAGACACAAUCAUGGACUUCCUCAACGAGUUCUACGCUCAUCCACUACUGCAGGACUAUUACGUGGUCCUUCUGUCACCCAUGGAGCUAGACACAACCAUGAGGAUGAUCCUGCAGGUGCCUAUCUGGGCCCAGAGGGUCAUCUACAUCCAGGGGUCGUGUCUCAAGGACGUGGACCUCGCCAGGGCCAGGAUGAAUGAGGCGGAGGCCUGUUUUGUCCUGGCCGCCAGAAACUAUGCCGACAAAACUGCCGCUGAUGAACACACAAUCCUGAGGUCGUGGGCUGUGAAGGACUUUGCGCCGUGUGUGCCACAGUAUGUGCAGAUAUUCAGGCCGGAGAACAAGUUGCACGUCAAGUUUGCUGAACAUGUUGUGUGUGAGGAUGAGCUCAAGUACGCAUUGUUGGCCAACAACUGUACGUGUCCCGGGGCGUCUACACUGGUCACACUGCUGCUACACACGUCACGUGGACAGGAAGGACAAACAUCUUCAGAAGAAUGGCAUCGAUUGUAUGGUCGGUGUUCAGGGAACGAGAUCUAUCACAUUCUUCUAGAAGACAGCAGGUUCUUUGGCGAAUAUGAGGGCAAGAGCUUCACAUACGCUAGUUUUCACUCUCAUAGAAAGUAUGGAGUGGCGUUGGUGGGCGUGAGGCCGGCAGAACUACCAGAGUUUUACGAGGACACAAUACUACUGAACCCAGGCCCUCGACACAUCAUGAAGAAGACUGAUACUUGUUACUACAUGAGCAUUACUAAGGAGGAGAACUCUGCGUUUGUGGUAGCAAAUAACGCCAACCCAGACGCUAUUACAAAGACUGAUGAAACACAUGACACAGUGACAACAGGUCAGCAGAAGCCCAAGCCUCAAUCAGCCGAGCAGACGGCCACAGGGAAUCAUCUUGGAGUGCCUAAACCUACUGACACCAACCCCAACUUCCUUAGUCCUGAGAUCCUCAACCAGAGAAGAGGAAGCAGAAGGCCCAGCAUUCUCCCAGUUCCGGACACUAUGACGUGUUCCACUCUCAACAUCAACGCAGGGCCACAGGACGAAGGGGACGAGAGUGAAGACGAGAUGGAAGACGACGUCCCAUGGAGAUCUCCUAGUGAAAAGAUUGCCCUCCUUGUUUCAGCUGCAGAUGACCUCUCGCCGACCCUCGGCACAGAACCCUCGUGGCGUCAGGACUGGGCCAACAUUGUGAAAGGAUUCCCACCUGUCUCGCCCUACAUAGGGGUUAGUCCUACCCUGUGUUAUCUCCUCAAGGAGAAAAAACCACUUUGUUGCCUUCAGCUCGCACAGGUGUGCGAGCAUUGUACUCAUAGAAACGCCAAAGAAUACAACUGGCAGAACAAGACCAUCAUACUGGCUGCGGACUACGCUAGUAAUGGAAUCUACAACUUUAUCAUCCCGCUCAGAGCUCACUUCCGGACAAAAACAUCCCUCAAUCCAAUCAUACUGUUGCUGGAGAGGCGACCGGACAUUGCUUUCCUAGACGCAGUCUCCUACUUCCCCCUCAUCUACUGGAUGCUGGGUUCCAUAGAUUGCCUUGAUGACUUGUUGAGAGCUGGUAUUACCUUGGCAGAGAAUGUUGUGGUUGUCAACAAAGAGCUUUCCAACUCUGCCGAGGAAGACACACUAGCUGACUGCAACACUAUUGUGGCGGUACAAACCAUGUUCAAAUUUUUCCCAAGCAUAAAGAGUAUAACCGAGCUGUCCCAGUCCUCAAACAUGAGGUUUAUGCAGUUCCGAGCUCACGACCGCUACGCCCUUCAUCUCUCCAAAAUGGAAAAGAGAGAGAAGGAGCGAGGGUCCCACAUCUCUUACAUGUUCCGCCUUCCGUUCGCCGCCGGGUCGGUGUUCAGUGCUAGUAUGUUGGAUACACUGCUCUACCAAGCCUUCGUCAAAGACUACGUUAUCACCUUUGUCAGGCUGUUACUGGGCGUGGACCAAGCCCCGGGCUCAGGGUUCCUUACAUCGAUGAAGAUCACAAAAGAUGACAUGUGGAUCCGAACAUAUGGAAGACUCUACCAGAAACUGUGCUCAACUACUUGUGAGAUCCCUAUCGGCAUCUAUAGAACUCAAGACACCACCACAACAGGAUCUCCACAUACUGAACCAGAAGUUGGCAACACUGGUUCUGCCUACUCUGCCAUUCCUACCAACUGCCUAGGCUCCACUGAUAGAGACCCUGCCUCCAUGUACUCAAUCAACGUCGGUGAUGAAGCCAAGGACAACCAUGCGGAGAUGAUUGAGAGAGCAGAGAUUGCGAAUCUCGUCAGGUCUAGGAUGGAGAGUCUAAACCUUCCUCCGGUAGAUUACGAUGAUGUUAGUGAGAAAAGAUCAAGCUUGUCCUAUGUAAUCAUCAACCCCAGCUGUGAUUUGAAAUUGGAGGAAGGAGAUAUAAUCUAUUUGGUGAGACCGAGCCCGUUCUCCGCUCAGAAAACAUUCGAGAGACACAACAGCAGACGCAAGUCCAACAUCAGCUUUUGCUCUCAAGCUAUCAACCUGCCAGGCUCUAGACGGGGCUCAGGCAUCAUCUUCCCUCCACCACGGGCCCCACCACUAGUUACUACCAAGGCUAACUCACUGUCACUUCCAGACAGUCCAACCGUCGCUGGGACAUUCCGAGGAAGGUCCAAUUCUCUGAGAGUGGUAGACGACAUUCUGCUCAGAAGAAGCAACUCUUUACGCCAAGGUUUGGUGCAGACGACGCGGAAAAGCAGUCUGGAGGAAAUCGGCAUCGGACUUCACUACCCGAGACAUCAACCAUCCUUUUUUAAUUCAACCAAUACCUUGACUUUGGAGGUUCCAUCUCUAGCCUCUCUCGAUACUUGUACCCGAGUGAUGCCCUCGAGUCGUUCGACCGGCCGGCUGAUGAUGCAGCCUAUUCAGCCGGCGGCCAUGCCAUCUCAGAUGUCUACGGAGAGUGCUGGUAUCAAGAUAGCACUGAACGGAAGCAUUGGAUUAGAAGUGACACCUCCGGAAGAGAACAGCUCCCCCUCGAUAUCCAGCAACACGGGUCUACUAAUCUCUCCUCCACACCAGAUGCCGAGUCCCGCUGCCUCUACAGAACACCUACAGGGAACCAUCGUAUGAUAUCAUCUCAUGUGGGGCAGGAGGCUCAGCAGUGUAGUGCGCAACAAAUGGCUCUAACUCACUCCUCGCUCCACCACACCACCUCAACACGACACCACAUUCAGGUUUGAAAUCUACUAGACAAGGCACGCAGGAAACAAAGUAACCAAGGGAACAAAUAGAAUCGGACUGUAGAUACCUCAGUAGCGUAGUACCACUCUACACUCCGCACAUUACCCGUCUGCGAUAAACUCGUCUUGUACAUUCACAUAACUAUGAUGCUCAAUCAGCUGAUCUAUAAACUCAAGGAACAUUUUGAUUUGUACUUCAUUUUUGUUUCUCGAUGUAAUUGGUUGAUCUUUAAUUGUAGAUAGUAAUAUCAUAGACUAAUCAACACAAGUAGACUCCUCAUCCCAUUGUACAUUUUGAAGCUUGUUUUUUGUGUCUAGUUCAUGUACGUCCACACAGAUCGCUAGUGUAGAAAAAAUUUUGUUUCUAUUAUUUAAGGGUUAUUUUCAUGAUUUGUGCUUUACUAUUUGGUUAUAUGACUAGAAGACCAGUUAUUGUUUAUGAUUAUGCAGUUUUAUUUGGUUAAAUUAUGUUUUAAAUGACUGAAAUAUCAAGAAAUAAAUUGUAAACAAAACAUAACCUCUACAGUUGGACGUACAGAACUAACAAUAAAAUUGGCUUCAGCUGUUCCAUAAGGAUGACAAAUCUACUAAGGGAGUAUGUUUUAUCUAUGGUAAUAUUAUAGAUUUGUCUACUUAAGUAGCUUUUAUGUUUAAAUUUUUGUUAACAUUUUUUGAGGUUAUGUGAAAUUUUUAUCAAUUUUAUAGGAUUUUGAUUGUUAAAUUUCAAUGUAUUUUCAAUUUAUCACAAAUGUUUGUGGAAUGUACACCAAUACAUUUUUUAGUGGUUUAAAAGUUCACCAAAAAUAAAUACUACAAUAUUCUGUAACAAUACUGAAUUUAUGAAAAUUUAAUAUCAAUCGAGCUAGAUGCUAGUAAAAAUUGUUGAGUUGUGGGUUGUUGAUAAUUGGAUGUAACAAUAUGUCACAAACUGUCAAGUUGUAUACAAAUUAAUUUAUAUAAUUUAUUUUUCUAGUUUAUUUCAUGGUGUUAACCUCAUUCAUGACCUGUUGUAUGUUGUGUUAGAUCUAUGAUGUCUAUAAAGACAAUAAGACUAUGUUGUGUUUUUCUAUCUAAAAGUAUAUUGUAAAUGUUAAAUUUUAUAAAUUAUAGAAAAUGUUUCCAAAGUGGGUAGACGCUAUUGUUUGUGAUUAUUGUUGUCUAGUUUAUAUCUGUCCUGUAUUUGUGAUUUUUAUUAUUUAACAAGCUGGUUAGCGUUCCAAUGAUAAAGCGUAAAAUGUUGUGUGUAGUUAGUUAUUAAUUGGUCUGAAUAACAGAAAAACAAUUAGUUGUAAAAUAUUAUUUAUUCUUGAUUUGGUUCUUAAACUUUCAUUAUUUUUGUUUAUUUCCAUCAAAAAUUUAAUGAAUCUCUUUCUUUACUGUAUAUUCUUUUUUGGCAAUAUAGCUAUUACGCUUAAAUUAUGAAGUUACCAUUAAUAUCGAGUUUAUAACUAUGUGUUAUCAGAUUUUAUAAACCGUUAUUAUUUUCUCAUUUAGUCAUAUAUUGUUUAUAUUAUCAAGUUUAUCAUUCCUAUUAAAUUUUACAUUUUUUAAGCUUUUUGUUUGAAGUUACAGGUAUUUCAAUUUGUGUAUAGAAUACUAAGCAUAUUUUUAAAGGUACAGUACAUAGUUUAAGUUUGUGAACAAGUUUUUUUUACAUAGCAGGAGUUUACAUUUUGGUUUGUUUUCUUAGCAGAUUGUUCUUAGAACUACUUAUCCGCUCGGUUUUAGACAAAGCUACCUUCUUUAAUAAUUUAGCUUAACCUAAAACAAACUAUGCAACAUAAUAUCAUUUAUUUGAUCAGAAAUUACUCGUUUUAAUGCUAUUCAAUAGUCUGUUUUGAAGAACCUAUAAUUUAUUUUACGUAUUGAGCAUUGACUAUUAACAUACUUGAAUUUGGGAAGCUCUUUUGGUGCUAGACAUUAUCAAAUUGUGUGAAUAGUGUGGAAAAGUGUAUUAACUGUAAUUGUUUUGUUAAAUCAAGAGAAUAAACUAUAGCACCUUCUAUAAAGUUCUUUAUAUCGAUUCAGAGAAAGCCUUACCCCACGAGUGAUAAGACAUUGUUUUCAUAGUGGGUGCUAUUCACUAGUUUUGCAUACAUGUACGUUUAAUUCACUUUUAACUCAUAAACUUUUUACUGCACAUCAGAAUGAAUAUAAGAUUCUUUCAAUAAUUAAAAAUAUUUCUUUGUAGUUGUUAACAUUAGUCGUAACUCAUUACAGAUAGUAUUUAAACUUUAAUACAUAUUUUUAAUUACGUCGAGUGAAUUUUUAUUAUCUUGUAGAUAUUUUAUCAAUGCUAGAUGCAGGCUUAGAGAAUUGAUCUGUAUAGUCGUAUAAUUUUAGCAAAGAUAAGUUAAGAUUUUCAUAUAAAGUAAAUAAUUCAUCUAGGAGUUUUAUAGUUGGUAAGAAAUUUGCAUUGUGUGAUAAUCAACAUUUAAAUAACUAUGCUGUAAAAAUUUAAAUUAUUUUAAGAUUUUAUAUGAUUAAGGAUCUCUAAAUGGUUGUUAAAGCGGCUGAAUACUCAUGCUAAAUUCUACGUUUAUUAUUAGGCUUAAGAAUUUUUAAGUUUUGUACAAAAUCAUGAAGACCUCAAAACAAUAUGAUGUACAAAUUUCACCAAACUUGAAUUUAAAUGGUACCUACAUACAGUUUUGUAUCAAUUACAGAAAUAAAAACUUUUUUCCAGGUAAAUUUAUUAACAAAACUUAUAAGAUUACUUGUA